AUGAGUGGUGUGGCAGACAAUGAGACCAAAGAGAUGGACGCAAACGAAGCCAAAAACGAUGAGCUCUUAUAUGACCCGAAGUCGGAUGAAAUGGACCAGAAAUGGGUGGACACGCAUAGGGCGACCACCAGUGGGCGUGUGUCGGGCACAGGGGGUGGGGGCGGCAGUGGCAGUGACGCCACUCUGAACUGUCCGGCGUGUCUCACACUCCUGUGUCUGGACUGUCAGAGGCAUGACAUAUACCGAACCCAAUACCGAGCGAUGUUUGUCCACAACUGUCGCAUAGACUUCACGCAAAGACUUCAAUAUAAAGACAAACAAAGAGUUAAGAAACGAAAACGCAAUCAAACCGAUCGUACGGUUGAAGAGGUGACCACUAAAGCAGAUGAUUACUACUCUGUCUUCUGCAACGUCUGCAACACUCAGGUCGCGGUCUAUGACUCGCAAGAAGUCUACCAUUUCUUCGGCGUUUUGGCCAGUUUUUAG